AUGUCCAAGCCGUUCAUGAGCGGUUUUCGAGAAACUUGCAAGAAAUGUAAGUACGACCCACUCGCAAUUGUCAGUAGCGCAGCGCCAAUGCUCGCUCAUUUUCAGUGUCCAGAUCCGGCGACUUUGACGAGUGCCAGCGCGGAAAAUGCGAUUUAGAGCACGAGUACAAAUUCUGUUGUUUGCAAAAUGACUACUGUUCGUGGUACAACACCGACGGGUUCCUCUACACGUGCAUCGGAUGCGCCGCCCUUCUACUCGUUUCCAUCGUUUUGGUGUGCGCGUGUUGUUGUUGCAGAAAUGAACGAGACGGAGUUGAGGAGUGUGAAUAAAGUGCUUAUUACUUGUUUCCAAGUCACGUGACAUUUGGAAGCUACGCUUGAGACGGAUAAUACUGAUAACGAUUCGUUGUAAUUUGUAAUCCAACGAUUCAUUGCAAACAUCACUAGCCAGUGUAUGAUCGGUGAGCGUUUAGCAAUUUUGAGUAAAAAGUUUCGGCAUGUCAACUGAAAUUCUAAAUUGAUAAACGUUUCGCUCCCUAGAAUCUCCCACUGACACGGAACCCCAGCAUUCCAAUGCGCAAGCGAGUUGUCAAUGGGGCGCGCUUGCAUCCACCGUCGACUCGGAGUUUCUUUUUUCAAUUGAAAACCAGAAUUCUUUCGUUUUUCUUUCAAUAAACACUCAAAUUUAGUUCUUUGCGAACCCGUAGGGCGAUUGUCUGAGUUAAAAGCAUCGAUUUAAGCGCGAAGCGGAGCAGAUUCGUUCGGAAUUGACCAAAUUGAAGGUUUUUGUCGAAAACUACUGAAAAAAAACAGAGUUUUAACGAUUAUUUGCCGAAUCGAGUUCGGACACUGGCAUUCGAACCGUCCACUCAACAAGGAGUUUAUUGCGCAUCUUUUAAGCGCUGAAUCGUCGAAAAAUAUACAGAAUUGAGAUAAUUGAGGCAAAUUUUCGAUUCCAAAAGCAAAAGAAAUUAUGUAAUUUUCACAUAAAAGCGUUUCGAAAUUGAUGACGAAGCUGUUAACAUUUCAUUUUUUAUUAAUUUCUAAUCAUUAUCAUAAAUUUUUACACUGAUUGGUUCUGAAAAGUUGGGAAUAAUGCAAAAAAAGGGAAAAUUGAAAUGAGAAACUCUACAACGACGCUCCGAAAUUACGCGUUGCGCGCCUUGUUUAGCGCACCUGAAUUGCGCCAAGGGAAUUUUUUAUUGGAAGGCUGGGGUUCCGUGACUGAUUAGAUAUGAAUUUCAUAAAAUCAGGUUCAGACUCCAACACAACCACUCAAUGGCCAAGCCUUCGUUAAGAGAUAUCUGCGUGAACAGUGAGCGAUACUUUCCUACAUAUACACUUUGAAACUUGUAUUCUUUUGCAGCCUACAACAAUGGAGGUUUCGAUGGGUGCCCGGAUAAGUGCACUUCUUCGACAAUCGCGAAAACGUAUUCGGUGUGCUGCGAGAUGAGCAGCUACUGCUCGUUCUACAUGCAGGACUGGUUCCUGUACACGUGCAUCGCAGUCGGAGCCCUUUUGCUCAUCGUCUGUGUGAUUGUGUGCAUCUGUUGUUGCUGCUGUCAGAAUAGAUGA